AUGCCCUGUAUCCUGGGUCACGUUACGAAGACUAGAAUUUUUUUUUCCGGCUCCAUCCGUCGUUUCUUCCUGGACUUCAUCAACAUUCCAACCACAAGUGAACCACUGAUGGAUUUCAUGAUGGAUUUCAUAGAAAUCCCAUUCGGUUCGAUCGGACGGGGGUCUGAAUUCCGUCACACCACCAAAGCACUUGCUUCAUCACUUUUCGAAACCUGUUCUUUUGACUGCUCCUUGUCAAACGUCCACGCCUACUCCUUCGCCGACACAACCAGCCCCGUUAUCAUCAUGAAUCACAGUGCCUCCCCUAAAGUCCAACCUGGCCUCGAGUCUUUGUUUCAACCCCUUCAAUUCCAAGGGCUUACUGUCCCUUACAACCUUCCGUAUGGAGAUCAGUCCGAUGGCUCACUGCCCGACCCUAACCUCGGCCUGCUUGACACCGAACCGAAGCUCGAAUCAAGUGCAACCCCGAUGAAGGAACCGGAGGUCAACUUGCCCUCCAGUGGUAAGGCGAUUGUGAUCAACUUGUGCAUGAGCAAGCAAGACGAUACGUAUGAGUAUGUCGAGGAAAGUCCUUCCAAAACCCCAGGCUCUCACAAGGAAGGUCUCAUGCGGUUGCUCAGUGUAUCAUACACUUUCUACCUACUCAAAGGCACUGAAAUCACCAAGGGAACUAGUUCGAAGAAAAAACCGGUUUACAGUUCCAUCCCCCUCCCUACGACCAAGGUCUUAUUUGACAUGUCAUCCGACAAGUUCACCGCAUUGAAGAUGCAACUGUUCAUGUUAUCCAGCGAGAUCAACAAGAGUGACGACGACGCCAAGGGGAAUGCCGCGAUCCUGAAAGCCGCCGAUGCGUGUAAUAAAGUGGUAAUUACCGCUUUCAUCGUGAAACAUGACACUUACGGAAAAGGCCUCAAGAGGGCUUUGAGCUCGGAUCACGAUGUUGGCAGGUUCUAUGCCGCGGUCAAAGGGUCUCCUGGUGCUGAUGCUGGAUUCACCAUUGUUAUGGAGAAUCCAGCCAAAGCAGCCCAAGAGGCAGCCAACAGUCUUACCAAAAAACAAGGCCAACUUCGAGCUCAGAACAGCAUUGACAAUGUGGCCACCACCUCGACUGCGCUCGCUCGCUUGACUCCGAUCGAACCGCACAAAGAGUGGCUCCAGGCUUUACAGCUUCACCUGGGAUUGUUCAAGAACCACAACAACGAGGGCUGGAGGGUUUUCAACCCGGACGAUCUCAGUCAAAAAAUGGAGUUGACUUUCAAGAACCUGAUCGAAUGGUCCAGAGAAUUGGCUGCGGGGACCCCAGGUGUCACGUUGAAGAAACCGCCGGUUCACCCUGACUUUGUCUGGAAAGACAUGGAACGACCUCCCCCCCUCGCCUCACCCGUUCCGGAUGUUAAACGAGCCAAGGUCGAGGAGAAGGCACCCGCUUUCCCCCUGGGCAGCUAUGCUGAAAUGCAAGGGACCAACAUCAAUGUCGACUACGAUUUCAUCCGAAGAAUCUAUCCCCAAAUGACUUUGUUUGACUACCUGAACUUUUGUGAUUUCGGACACGCUACCAUCGCGGAAAUCACCAAGAUCUUGUUGGCCAAUGGAAUCACUAGUUUUCACCAGUUCCUCUUCCCCGCGGUGUUGAAUGCCGAGAUCAUUGCGACUUGGGGGAUUUCAUGGGGUAAUGCCAUGGAACUCAUGACUCACCCUCGUCGUUUUUAUCAAGAAGCCCAAUUGGCUGAUGACAUCCCUUCAAAAGGAAAAGGCAAGGCGAUCAAUCAAGAGUUAUGA